AUGAAACUGGAAGCUAACGAAAUUCGACUUCUUCGCCUGGACUACAGUCCAGCAGAAAAAAAGCCUCAUUUGAGCUUAUGUUUCGAGCAUGUGUCGCUGACACACUCGGCGCUGCCGCCAUUUGUCGCACUAUCCUAUGUCUGGGGUGACUUGGAGGACGUGCUACCGCUUCCCAUAUCAGGUAGGACUGUCCGGGCGACGAGAAACCUUCAUCGUGUGUUGGAUUGUCUAUCGGCAUCUCGGUUCGACCAACUACUCUGGAUCGACGCUUUAUGCAUCAAUCAGGAUGACCCACAGGAGCGCGCCUCACAAGUCGCCUUAAUGGGGGACAUUUAUUCGCAAGCAGAAUAUGUUCUUGCCUUUCUAUCCCCCGAUGGACAGCGCUUUGACUUGGGCUUGGAUUAUAUCGAGGAAGCCGCACGGAACCCAGAUGUACACUUUGAACCGUCUUUAUCACCCCACUUGAAGCUUAAAGGCUUUAACGCUACUGAUAAGAUCUUACAAGAUUCUCUUAUUGGAUUCUUUGCUGCUCCUUGGUGGACAAGAAUCUGGACCGUGCAGGAAUUUCUACUAGCUCGCAGGGUUGUCUUCCAGUGUGGUGACCGCCUGUUGGACGCGAGGGUAGUCCAGAAAAGCUGCAGAGCCUGGAUUCAUCAUGCGAAUUCAUGCUGUUGGGCCGCGCGACGGCCAAUAGAUGGAAAUGUGCACGGCUUCCUUGAUAACCCCAGCAAAGACAACAACGAUUUGACGAUAUAUACUGCCACCCUCCGCAUGAAGCACCUCAUAGAUAUCGCUGAUUCUGCACGCUCAUAUACUACUGAUUUCCUGGCGGCGAUCUCACUCUUCCGGAUACGACGCUGUUCGGACCCUCGAGACCGAGCCUUUGGCUUCCUCGGACUUCGACUUCCAGGCAUUGACAUCAAGAAUAAAUUAACAAUUGACUACACAAUACCCACAUCCCUUUUAUAUCGAGAUCUAGCUAUGGCCCUAAUCGAGGAAUCCCAAACGCUAGACGUUUUGAGUCAUGUGUUACACGACUCAGGCGUUGAGAAACGUACAUCCGACUUGCCGAGUUGGGUGCCAGAUUGGGACGCAGCCAUAGAUGACCGCUACCAUCUGAUAUACACAGAGCGAACAGAUGUCAUCCGGCAUUGUCGAGCCUCGGGAGAUAUAAGACCACAAUGGAAGCUUGAUGCCGCAGGAUCGGUGUUCACUUGCGGUUUCCAAAUCGCCACAAUCGAAGCUACUGCACCUGGCUAUCCUUCCAACAAUCCGCACUCAAUGCUUGGGGGCAAAACAAUUAUUGAUGCAUGGCGUCAGCUCGCUGGUCUACCCGCUGAUCGCACAAUGAAACCAUUUGGCGAGGUAACUGGAGAUAAUCGCGAACGACUAUUGCAAAAUGCGCUCAGUGGAGGCUUGGCUUCGACCCCAUGGAAGAUUGGUUCUAGUGACUACUCAAAGGCCUGUGAGACAUGGCUCGAGUGGUUCGUAUCCGCUAAUGGAGACUUGCCCGAAGCGUCCAAGAAGACUAUUCAAGACUUCGACGAGAUGAUUCAGCAGGUCAGCCUAUAUAGGAAGUUGAUUCGGACAGAUAAUGGAAGUGUAGGAUUUGGGCCGGAGAUGUCAGAAAAGGGUGACGUUAUCGUUAUUUUACCUGGAGGGAAGGUUCUGUACGUGUUGAGACGUCUAGAGAUCUUUGGCUCUGGCGCACCAAGGUUUCAACUGGUGGGUGACGCAUUUAUUCAGGGCGCAAUGGCUGGGGAAAUGAUUGACCUCGGAACCUCAUUAUUCGAGGAAAUGGUUAUUCUGUGA